AUGAAAAAACAGGGAAGUACUAUGAACACUCUAAAUGAUAUAAAUAAUCAAAAUGAGGAUUCAAAACAAAACUACGUAAAUUCCACUGUGGAUAAUCAUAAGUAUUGGCAGUAUAACACUCUUUUACUUUACAAUGUUAUUAUGAUAUAUACUUGUGAGUGGCCCUCCUUGUUUAUUGAAUGGGUGCCGAGUAUCUGUAGAGGAGAUGAAGGCGUUUACAGUCAGGACCUCAUAUUGGGAUCCUACACCACUGAGAAAAAUAAUUACAUAUUGAUUUUGGAGGUGAGUCUUCCUAGUGAACAAUUGUCGCAUUCCAAUUUGUACUAUGAAAAGAUAAGCGAUUAUCGACACAUUUGCAAUGACACAAGUAAAAAUUUCAAAAUGAAAAAUAAAAUAUAUCACGAAUGUGAAAUAAAUAAAAUUAGUUGUAGUCCCCAAAAUAAAGAUGUAAUAGCAUGUUUCUCAUCUGAUGGAAAUAUAAACAUUUUAAAUUUAAAUAAUUAUAAAUAUGAAGAGAGUGAACCCAAAAAUAAUUCCGUGGUUACAUUUGAUUAUACUUUGAAAGGCCAUUUAUAUCAAGGAUGGGGUAUUCAAUGGGGUGUUGAAAAUAAUUUAAUAUCAUCAUGUGCUGAUGAUUCUUAUUUAUGUAUAUGGGAUAUAAAUUCAAGUGCAACAUAUACAACUAAUAGUACGAAUGUUAAUAAUACUCCAACGGCUAGUGGUUCUUUUAAUGCUUGUAGCAUUUCUGCUGCGAGCGCUACUGGUGCUGGUGCUGGUGCUGCUGGUGGAGUAGGAGGAUUCUCAGGUUCUGUAGGAAUGUUAGGAAAUGCGAAUAAUUCUGGUGUAAAUUCUAUUACUAUUAAUAGUGGUGGUGAUUUAAAUGUUAUGAAUUCUAACAGUGCAAGUAGCAAAGGAGGAGGAGGUGGUAGUGGUGGUGUAGUACAUCCAUUAAUAAAAUUUUUUAAUGAUAAUGUGCCAUUACAAGACUGCUGUUGGAAGGAUAAUAAUGUAUUAACCGUAUCAGAUAAUGGACACAUAAAUAUCUAUGAUAUUCGAAAUAAAAGUGCAGUAAGUUCUAUAAAAGCUACUAGCUGUACUUUAAAUUCUAUUGAUGUAAAUCCACACAAUAAAAAUAUAUUUGCUACGGGAGGGACUAAUAAAGAAAUUGAUUUAUGGGAUAUACGUUUUACUAAUAAAUCAUUACAUAGAAUUAUAUCGCAUAAGGAAACAAUUAUAAAACUACAAUGGGAUAAAUAUCAACCUGGUAUUUUGUCAUCCUCCUCAAGUGACAAAUAUAUUUAUUUUUUUGAUACGAACAAAAUAGGCAUAGAACAGACCUACGAAGACUCUCAGGAUGGCCCCCCCGAACUUAUUUUUAUUCAUGGAGGACACGCUUCUAACAUUUUGGAUUUCUCCCUUAACUCGUCAUACUCAAUGAUGAUUUCCUCCAUAAGUGAAGACAAUACACUCCACAUAUGGCAGCCAUCCAGACAAGCCUACGAAGACGCUUCAGACACAUAUGACGAUACUGAAGUGGAAUAG